CCCUCCUCUUGUGUUUGAAUAAGGACGACGGCAAACCAGUCCGACCGGGUGCAUACUAGACAUGGCAGCCGAACGGACAGGGCCAUUGCAGGAGGAAACGGACGAUUCCCACUCACUGGACCAUGGCGGUCCCAUCCCAAAGAGGCACGCACGGGUCACCGUGAAGUACAACAGGAAGGAGCUGCAGAGGCGGCUGGACCUGGAGAAAUGGAUCGACGAGAGCCUGGACCGGCUGUUCUCGGGUCAGGAAGGUGACACCCCAGACGAGGUAAACAUCGAUGACUUGAUUGACCUGCCUGAUGACGAGCAGCGAGUGAAAAAGUUACAGGAGCUUCUUCGAGGGAGCCGUAGCGAAACUGAGACCUUCAUCCGAGAGCUAGUGGCAAAGCUGGAGGGGGUCCACAAGCAGGAGGAGCUGCAGAGCGAGGGCAUCGAACACCCCGUCAUUAGCCACAGCCACUACCGCCACGAGCCCUACAGCUUCAACAAGCCGCAGCCAUCACACGCUAGCCGAGGCCAGAACCAGACCCUCUGAUGGCGCCCCUCACCAACUGAGACAUUUUAUUUUGUGGAGUCACUGCUGGUUGCCUGGCAACCUCGCAGCAACGAUGAGGCUCCAGGAAGUCACUACUUCUGACAAAGAAAAAACCGAGCACAUUAAAAACACAGCAACAAAAGUCAAACUAUUGUCAAACUAUUGCUUUAACCACUUGAAAUAACUAUUAUUAACAAAUACUAUUUGUGAUAUCUCAUGUGUGAAUAAUAGAGUGCUGCAGCAAUUACUGCUGAACUCGUGGAAGGCCUUAGUGUAGAUGCUAAUAGUGUCAGUCAUAUAAAUACUGGAGAGUGUUUCUUGAUUAAAAAAGAGUUGAAAAAACAUCGCUGAAGGUUUUUUUUUGAUAGAAGUGAGGUCUUUGCUCUUCACCUGACUCAGUAUUUGAUUAACAGGUGGUUCAACCACAGGCCAUGAUCUUUUUUCUAAGCCAAACUAAGUAGUUGUGUUGCGUAAACCAAAUAAAUUGUUCUGUUAUGUUAAACAUGUGCAAUUGUGCAUUUCUGCAAGUGGGUGGGAUAUGAAGUUAAUAGGAACCCUCACAUCAUGGUCUUCAAAAAUGCAUCAUCCUCUCAACCCUCUUUUGAAUAAGGAUAAAACGUGAAAUAGAAAUAAACUCAAUGGAUAUUGAAACAGCACGGGCAUUCCUCCCCUGAUGCCAUUCAUCACACAAAGCCACAAAGACAUUUUAUUUUAGUAGCACCAACACCUGUGAUUCUCACU